UCUUCCGUUUCUCUUCAAUUUGAGUUCACAUAAUGGCUCACUCUCAUUUUUAUUUGACAAUCUCUUUCGCUUUAUCCUCAGCGCUUCUUAUUAUUGCUUCUGCUAGCGAUGAUGAUGGCUAUGGCCUCAAAAAUAUCAACCUUCAAAAACCUAAGCCUGACGAGGAAUAUCUACUCUCCACAUUAGUCGGUAUUCAAGGACUUAUUUUCUGCAAAUCAGGCGCCAAGCUCAUUCCACUCCAAGGGGCUGUGGCGAGGAUAACGUGCCUUGCAGUUGAUGAGUAUGGAUAUGAAACGGCACCUUUGUCCAUUUUGAGUGGAGCAACGGAUGUUAAAGGGUAUUUCUUAGCAACACUGUCUCCUUCUGAGGUUGAAAAGAAUUUAAAGAUUACAGAGUGCAAAGCAUUUCUAGAGCUAUCUCCAUUGACCAAGACUUGCGAUGUUCCGAGCGACGUGAAUAAAGGGAUCGCGGGUGCUCUUCUCAGUUCUUAUGAAUUCCUCCAUGACAAGAAUAUGAAAUUGUUUACUGUUGGACCUUUCUUCUACACAACCAACCCUAAAUCAGUGGUCUCUAAUGGCUAUUGAAUAAUAAUUAAUUAAUUAUUUUGAUGGAUAGUAAAUAUUGGUUUGAGAGUUUGAUAAACCAAGUGGUCUCCAAUGGUUUGUUUUAAUUUGUUUCUACUUUUGUUUUUGGUUUCUAUGGCUUCUACUUUGUUAUAAUUUAAUUUAAUGCA